AUGAACGGGUCCUUUGAAGGCGACGGAUCGGCUCUGAUAUUCCUGGGAACAGGGUGUUCGAGCGCGGUCCCUAACGCAAUGUGUUUGAUCCAGAAAUCAGAGUCUCCAUGCCACGUCUGCUCUCAGUCUCUUUCGAUCCCUCCAGAUAGAAACCGUAAUUACAGGGGAAACACUUCACUCUUCAUUGAUUAUUAUUGCCAAAGCGAUGGCAAACAUAAAUACAUUCAAAUCGAUGUUGGCAAGACAUUCAGGGAACAAGUCCUUCUUUGGUUCACUCUUCACAACAUUCCUCAAGUUGAUUCUAUAAUUUUGACCCAUGAACAUGCUGAUGCAGUCCUUGGCUUGGAUGAUAUUCGUGCUGUGCAACCAUUUAGUCCUACCAAUGAUAUUGAUCCUACUCCUAUUUUCGUCACCCAAUUUGCUAUGGACAGAAAAACGCUGCGUUUUACUCUGGGCGAUUUUGAAGGCGAUUUGCGAUCUCGGAUUCUUCUUCGAUGGAGACGGUGUCGACGCCGGAUCCGCCUGAAGAAACUUAAAGAAGGCCAAAAAGUUAGGCGAGUUACACAGCUGGAUUGGAGAGUAAUCGAAGAAGAUUGUGAUAAGCCAUUUGUAGCUUCAGACUUAUCAUUCACGCCACUUCCAGUAAGUUCAGUAGAAUUAGUGAUUCAUGUCUCCCUGCUUGAUCUCUGUCCGGAGACUCAGAUCUUGUUUAUGCCGUUGGUGAUGCAUGGAGCAGACUAUGUCUGUUUUGGUUUUAUUUUUGGUGAAAAAUCUAUAGUGGCGUAUAUAUCUGAUGUAUCACGCUUUCCUCUAAGCACCGAGUAUGUUAUUUCAAAAUCUGGUGGUGGACAGUUGGAUCUCCUUAUCUUGGAUACACUAUAUAAGACAGGAUCCCACAACACCCACUUAUGUUUCCCGCAGACAUUAGAGACGAUCAAAAGACUGAGUCCGAAAAGGGCUCUUCUAAUUGGAAUGACUCACGAGUUUGAUCACCACCAGGACAAUGAGUUUCUUGAAGAAUGGUCUAAAAGGUAA